ACGAAAAGCACAAGAGAACCUGAUUCUUCUUCUUCUUCUUCUUCUUUCAGAUUAACCAGUCCAACAAGAAGAGCCCGCCGUGGUUUUCUAGGUAAUAAUCCAACUUUCUAAGUUAGACAUGGAGGCGGUGGAACUGGCGGUGGUGGUGAGCUGCGAGUGCUGCGGCCUGGAGGAGGAGUGCACCGGCGAGUACAUCGGCGGCGUGAGGGCCUACUUCGGGGGCCGGUGGCUGUGCGGGCUGUGCUCCGAGUCCGUCAAGUACGAGGCCGGCUGCAGCAAGCGCAGCGCGGCCAUGGGCAUGGAGGAGGCCGUGCGGGCGCACAUGGCCUUCUGCCGCAUGCUCAGGCGCGGCGGCCCCGCGGAGCGCGUGGCCGAGGGCAUGUGCCAGAUGCUUAGGCGCACCGCGUGCGGGAAGCACCGGGCCACCUCAUCGUCCUCGUCGCGGCGGACAGCGCCGGCGAUGGUGGCGUCAGCGUCCGGGCACCACCGCGCCUCGGUGCCGUCCGCCUGAGUUGAUGUCUGCUUCUUGCGACGAGGUGCAUGCUUCGGACAUACGUCUUCCUCACCACAGCUUAGAUGCAUGCCAUGUGAUAGUACUAGUAUAUUUUGUUUUGAAUCUAUUCCGGAAACUAUAUACAAGUGAUGGAGUACUGUAUGUAGUACGAGGUUAAAGUUCAAUUAAUCUUCACAUGAGGAUCUUGAUCUACCCAACGACCGAGCAGCUCUUCUUGGCGUCUAUCCUUUCGAGGUGUAACAUUCGAUCUGCUUGAAAGUUGUUUCUUCUUUGUUGCGGUUCCCUGUCCGUCAGAAUG